AUGAAGACGGAAGAGGCUCCGUCCUGCCUGCAGCAGGCGACGCCGCUCCUGGGAUUCGGUCCAGAUUCCAAGAUGAGGGAAGUCUGUGCUGGUUGUGACACCCCCAUCUCCGACCGGUUCCUCUUGAGGGUCAACGAACGUUCUUGGCACGAAGGUUGCGUGAAAUGCACCGUGUGUCUCCAGCCCCUCUCUGGGACCUGCUACUGGCGCAACAGGCAGCUCUACUGCAAACAUGACUAUGAGAAGCUGUUCCAGACCAAGUGCAGCAGCUGCCUCAAGGCCAUUGCUCCCUCUGAGCUGAUCAUGAGGGUCCUGGAGAACGUCUACCACGUCCAGUGCUUCUCCUGCUGCGAGUGUGAGCGGCGCCUGCAGCGAGGAGAUGAGUUUGUCCUCAAGGAGGGGCAGCUGCUCUGCCGAAGUGACUACGAGAAGGAGAAGGAGAUGCUGAGCUCCAUCAGCCCAGCACCCACCGAGUCUGUGAAAAGUGAGGAUGAAGAGGGUGGCCACCCACAGGGCAAGGGCAGCGAGGACAGCAAAGACCACAAACGCUCCAAGCGCCCGCGCACCAUCCUGACCACCCAGCAGCGUCGGGCCUUCAAGGCUUCCUUUGAGGUGUCCUCCAAGCCUUGCAGAAAGGUAAGAGAGACCUUGGCAGCUGAGACGGGCUUGACCGUGCGGGUGGUACAGGUGUGGUUCCAGAACCAAAGAGCCAAGAUGAAGAAGAUUGCUCGGAGGCAGCAGCAGCAGCAGCAGCAGCAGCAGGAGCAGGACCAACUGGGCAACCCUCGUCUGGGGACCGGGAGAGGAACCGGUCGGAGCAGCAGGCAGAGCAAUGAGGACAGUGAAGAUGGUUCAAGUGUCCAUGGCCUGGAUGGACUCAUGGUCCCCUACCCCAGGAUCCCCCAGCAGCAGCUGCUGCCCCUGGAGCAGAGCAGCUACAGCACAGACCUCUACAGACAAGGGCUGACCCCACCCCAGCUGCCUGGAGACCAUCUGCACCCCUAUGACUCUGAAGGAGUUUUCCACGACAUGGACAACGACAGCCUGAGCCACCUGGGGGACUGCCUGAUGUCCACACCUGAAGCCAACCUUCUCCAAGCCCGUGUGGGCAACCCCAUUGACCGACUCUACUCCAUGCAGAGCUCCUACUUCACAUCCUGACCAUGGAAAAGCUUCCAGCUCUUCCCAAGGAUCUCGGAUGGAUGCUGCUUCAAACUCAGGAGGAGGAGGAGGAGGUGGAGGGAGAAGAAGCAAGACUGAGACCUUCAGAGAUGUUCCUCAAGCACUGCACGACGGAGGAGGCAACAAGGUCCCACCAGCACUAAUUCAUGGAGACUUUUCCCAGC